CCCACCUUCAAUCAGCAACACACAUCAGAUGGCUUCAUCAACUCCAAUACGCCUGCCAUGGCGUCUUCUUACUCGGGCCGUAGGAGUAAGUAUUUCUCUAUCAUCCGAAACCACUCAAUGCCUGUCAGCUAACCAAUUGCAGGCGGCACACCCCCUCAUACCAUCUACCCACUAUAUCAGAACGCAGCAACCGAUCAGUUUUCAACGACCGGCUAUCUCGCGGAAUUACAGUGAAGCGUAUGGGAGAUCAUAGACAAUUUGGAACGAGGAGACUGACCGCAUAGCAGCACUCCACCACCCGAGGUUGAGAAUGCGACUCCACCGUGCGUUCUAAAGUCCCUACUUACUCCACCAACUCUAAUUAACAAUUCCUCAGAUCACAACCACCACAAACUCUCACAGAAAAUACUCCAGUCUCCGAAGGUCCGCCUGGUCCUCCAAGAUUACCACGCGCCGUCCAAGCAGUAUACCUACGCCCCCUCCGUCGACAAGCCGAAUACGGCGUUCCUUCCUGCGAUCUCCAACUCCGCUCCUACAGUGUUCGCAAUCUCGAAUUUUUCUGUGAUUUUGCUCUUCGAGCAGCAUAUUAUCUCGGCCUGCCAGCCUCGGGUCCGGUUCCGCUGCCACGUAUAACGGAGAGAUGGACGGUUCCGAGAGCGAGUUUCGUGUACAAAAAGAGUCAGGAGAAUUUUGAGAGGAGGACAGUGAGAAGAUUGAUACAGAUUAAGGAUGGAAAUCCUGAGACGGUGGAGCUGUGGUUGGCUUUCUUGCAGAAGCAUGCGUAUUAUGGUAUUGGUAUGAAGGCCAAUGUUUUUGAGUUUGCGAAAGUUGGUAUGUUUUCACCCACUGCCUUGGAUGUGUUGGGUAGGGAAGAGACUAACCGUUAUCCAGGUGUUGGAAAAAAUAUGGAUACGGAGAUGGAGAAGAUGAAGGAUAUUGUUGGGAAAACUUGGGAUCGUGUUGGAGUUGCUACCACGGUGGGAACUAAGUUGACAGCGGAAGAGAUUAUUGAACGAGUUAAUACGCAGAAUUUCAGAGCUGCUACUCAUGGAAAUGCUCCUCUGAGCAAGCUGCCUGGCUCCAUUUCUCGUUGAUUUAAGGACCCCAUUGGCGAUUUGAAAUAGGCAGCAAAAUGCGGGGCAGAAGGCUCAACAUAUACAAUCUGAGGUCCAGAGGGCUGUCUUGAUCAAUGUAUAUUUCUGUAAAGAUAUGGAGCUAUUGUAAACAAGUUAGAUAAACAGCCAGCCCUUGAACUCUGUCUCUCUCCUCAAGGCAUUAUCUCCGAAAAAU